AACAUCAUCAGAACGUAAAACUUCAAACACAAAAAAAAGAAAAAUAUAAUUGGUUUCUGCAAUUUGUUUACAAUUUUAAAUGAAAAACUAAAAUAAAUUAAAAAUAUGAAUGAACAACUACAUCUCAUCGGAACGAAAUUAUUCUCUACAGAUGCCAUUACAUUUGAAAUAUCCCCCAAUAGUGAUAUAGACUUCUCCAAAGUUUGCCGUACUUGUUUGCGUGAAACCAAAGACAAUGAUCUGGAGAACGAAGCUCUUUACAUCAUUGGAUGCAAUGGCAAGUUGGCGCGUCUCUUCGAAGCAUUCGAAGUUGCCACUGGACUCAAGAUACCAACUAAUGACAUGUUACCUCGUCAUAUCUGCAAUGCGUGUCUCCAAAAUGUUAAGAAUUCUUUUAGUUUUCACUGCCAAAGUCAACGAGCCAAUGAAAUUCUUCAAUCUGUGUCAUUCUCAUUGAAGGACGAAAAUCCUAGUAAUGAUGUAGCAGAAGAAGACACUCCUUUAAGAGUUGAAAUACAGGAUGUCGGAGAUGAAGAAGAAGAAGAAGGAAAAGAGUUUCGAGAGGACAAAAUUCCACCUGAAAACAACACUGAAGCUCAAGAUUACUCCGAAUGCAAUGAACAAGAACAAGAAGCAACCGAAAUCCUAAACUUUGAUGAAUUCUCAGUGGAUGAGAAUAUUCUCAGUCCCAUUGAUGACAUUCUGCAAGAUGACGAGGACGGAGGCGACGACGACAACAAUGAAAAUGAAGUGAUGAUGAUGGAAAUCGAACAAUUAGGUGAGAUAUCCGAACAGGAUGAGAAUUCUGAACGUGUUGUCGUCUUGAAAAAUGCAAAUAAAAUCUUUCCAUGUGAUUUCUGUCAAUCUAUAUUUAACCUGCAACGUGACCUGAUCCGACACUACAGAGACGAACAUCCAGACGAGAAGCCAUUCAAAUGCGACAUCUGCUCGAUAGCCUUUGUGCAUAUCCAGUCCAUGCGUCGACACAAAAACACUCAUGCUGCCUGUCCCAAACAGAAAGCUUGUCCACUCUGUAAUUGGACAUUCUCCAGGUCAGAUGAUCUGAGACGGCACAUGCGGACACACACAGAUGAACGGCCAUAUGCGUGUUCGGUGUGCCAGAAAGCCUUCAAACAGCACACCGAACUCAAGGAUCAUAUGCUGAGUCAUGAAGACAAGAAGAUGUACAAAUGUGAACCGUGUAACAAGGAGUGGCGGUCCCGGAAUGGUUGGUAUUUGCAUAUGAAGGCUCAUCAGGAUGGCCGAAAUGGACAGCGGAAACAAAGGGUGAAGAAGUUUGACUAAGCACUGAAGCCGAAGGGUAUAAUGAUGUUCAUCUUAACACAUUGCGGAGCAACAGUGAAGAUCAACAUUAUAUUGUCUGACUGUUCGCAAGACUAAGCGACUAACGAAGGAAUUGGGAGAUAAAUAACACUCCUGAUCGCUGCGUUAGAAAAAAGUCACACCUUAACACAGAUUUCAUGUAAUAUAAACGUCGUCCUAAAUGGACGCUUUUGGAAGAGAACUUAAAGAGAUUAGAAGUUCUCUAGUCAUGCACGCUACUUGUACAAAUAUUUUUAGUUUUUAUUAAAAUAC